AUGCCAGACGAGAAGCACGACGUGCCCCCCAUCUCUGGGUCGGGCGCCAGCCCACUGAGCCAGCCAGCUCACACCCUCCCUUAUGAAGCCGUGAUCAAGAAACUCGGAACCGAGGUGGACGAAGGUCUAUCCCCCGAGGAAGCUAGUCGUCGUCUGCAGGAAUAUGGACCCAACAAACUGGAUGAAGGCGAAGGCGUGUCGGUGAUCAAGAUUUUCGUGCGCCAGGUUGCCAACGCGAUGAUGCUAGUGUUGAUUCUGGCUAUGGCGGUCAGCUUCGGGAUUCGGUCGUGGAUUGAGGGCGGAGUCAUCUGCGCUGUCAUUGUCUUGAAUAUCGUCGUUGGAUUCUUCCAGGAAUAUGCCGCCGAGAAAACUAUGGAGUCGUUGCAUUCGCUCUCAUCCCCGACCGGAACUGUCUCGAGGGGUGGACAGACAUUCUCGGUGCCGUCGUCGGACAUCGUCCCCGGUGACAUGGUCGAGCUUAGGACGGGAGAUACUGUCCCAGCGGAUAUUCGCCUGGUUGAAGCAGUCAACUUCGAGACCGACGAGGCUCUCCUGACUGGCGAGUCUCUUCCCGUCCAGAAGGAAUGCGACUCGACAUUCAAGGAGGAUACUGGCCCUGGAGACCGCCUUAACAUUGCCUACAGUUCUAGCACCGUCACUCGUGGUCGUGGUCGUGGUGUGGUUGUUAGUACAGGCAUGUUCACUGAAAUCGGAUCUAUCGCCCUCGCACUACGGGCCAGCGGCAACAAGCGUCGUCAGGUCAAGCGUGGUCCUAACGGCGAAACCAAGAAGCGUUGGUACGUCCAGGCCUGGAGUCUUACCUCCGUGGAUGUCGUCGGUCGAUUCCUCGGUGUCAAUAUCGGAACACCCUUGCAGAGGAAACUCUCAAAGCUGGCCUGUCUACUAUUCGGAAUUGCUGUCGUGUUUGCCAUUGUCUGUAUGGCUGCAAACGAAUUCAGCAGCAAUAACGAAGUCAUCAUGUACGCUGUUGCAACCGGUAUCAGUAUGAUUCCGGCUUGCCUUGUCGUUGUUCUUACCAUCACUAUGGCAGUGGGUACUAAACGUAUGGUCGAGCGGAACGUAAUUGUUCGCAAAUUGGACUCGCUGGAGGCGCUCGGUGCCGUCACAGAUAUUUGUUCCGAUAAGACCGGUACAUUGACUCAAGGUAAAAUGGUUGUCCAAAAGGCAUGGAUCCCGUCUCGAGGAACGUACUCCGUCGGCCCAUCUAACGAGCCUUUCAAUCCCACCGUUGGAGAUGUCAGCUUCAAACCUGUGCCUCCUUCGGAAUUUGAUUAUGAGAAGCCAGAUACGACGGAGAACGCAGAAGGUAUGGUCUCAGGAAACCGCCAGCUCGAAGACUUCCUGGAUGUUGCCUCGAUGGCCAAUCUCUCUCACGUGUAUAAGUCCGAAGAAGGCGAAUGGAACGCACGGGGUGAACCCACCGAAAUUGCUAUCCAUGUCUUUGCAUCGAGAUUCAACUGGAACCGCGACCGCUGGAUCAAGAAGGGUCAGGGUGAGGGCACAGUGUGGCACCAAAAAGCUGAAUUCCCAUUCGACUCGACUGUGAAGAAGAUGUCUGUGAUUUUCAACAAAAUCACCCCAGAGGAGAACCGGACUAUGGUGUUGACCAAGGGUGCGGUCGAGCGCAUCGCAGACUCGUGCACGUCUAUUAUCUGGGACCAAGAUUCUUCUAGCCCCGUGCCAAUAACCGACCACCACCGCGAAAAGAUCAUCGAGAACAUGGAGGAGCUCGCCAAACUCGGACUUCGGGUUUUGGCUCUAGCCCAUCGCCCGUACACUGCCGAGGCACAAUUGCUCGAAGAUGCCGACCUGAACCGUGAAGACGUGGAGAGCAAUCUGUGCUUCCUAGGACUUAUCGGCUUGUAUGAUCCUCCGCGCCCUGAGACAGCUGGCUCAAUCCAAGCCUGCUACCAGGCUGGUAUCGUUGUCCACAUGGUCACUGGCGAUCAUCCUGGCACUGCCAAAGCAAUUGCUCAGCAAGUGGGAAUACUUCCUGCUGAUUUCAAUGCGGUGGCGGCCGACGUCGCGGACGCUAUGGUUAUGACUGCUAGUCAAUUCGAUAAACUCACUGAUGGAGAGGUAGAUGCACUUCCCACUCUGCCUUUGGUUAUUGCACGCUGCGCCCCGCAGACCAAGGUCCGUAUGAUUGACGCUCUUCACCGCCGUGGCCGGUUUGCAGCUAUGACUGGAGACGGAGUGAAUGAUUCUCCGUCGCUUAAGCACGCCGAUGUUGGUAUCGCUAUGGGACAGGCAGGUUCAGACGUGGCUAAAGACGCGUCUGAUAUCAUCCUCACGGAUGACAACUUCGCCUCGAUUCUGAAUGCCGUCGAAGAAGGCCGUCGUAUCUUCGAUAAUAUUCAGAAGUUUGUGCUUCAUCUGUUGUCGGAAAACAUCGCUCAGGCAUGUACCUUGCUUAUCGGAUUGGCUUUCAAAGACGCUGAUAAUCAAUCCGUCUUUCCUCUGUCACCGGUCGAAAUUCUUUGGAUCAUUAUGAUUACCUCGGGUAUGCCCGACAUGGGUCUUGGGAUGGAGGUGGCCGCUCCUGACAUCAUGAGCCGUCCUCCUCAGAGCAAGCAAGGCAUUUUUACCUGGGAGGUGAUCAUCGACAUUCUGGUGUAUGGUAUCUGGACCGCAGCCCUCUGCCUGGCGGCAUUCUCUGUCCGCAUGUGGGGAUUCGGCGACGGUAACCUGGCCCGUGGCUGCAACAAGGAGUGGUCAGAAGAGAUCAAAGACUGCGAACUAGUCUUCCGAGCACGCGCCACCACGUUCGUGUGCUUGACUUGGUUUGCGCUGUUCCUGGCUUGGGAAAUGGUCAACUUGCGCCGCUCGUUCUUCCGCAUGCAGCCAAAAUCCAAGAAAUACUUUACCCAGUGGAUGUACGACGUCUGGCGGAACAAGUUCCUCUUCUGGUCCAUCAUGGCCGGAUGGAUCACCAUGUUCCCUAUUCUCUACAUCCCUGUUUUGAACGAUGUCGUCUUCAAACAUAAACCUAUCACUUGGGAAUGGGGUAUCGUGGCGGUCGAGGCUGUUCUGUUCUUUAUCGGAGUCGAAGCCUGGAAAUGGGCUAAGCGAGUCUUCUUUCGUCGCAGAGCGAGAAAGAGCCCGCACUUGACCCCCUUGGAACAGAUCCCGGAGCAGCCCUAA